UUUCCUUGUUUAUUCAAUUCACCUCUCCGCCAUUUUUAAUUCCACCAGGUUUAAUGGCGGCCUCUCCUCACCACCACCAGGUUUCAUUCACUUGCACUUCGCUGAACUUCUCAGUUUCCUCGUAGAAUCGAGGUUUAUAUACAGUAGGAAUCCGUUAGUUGGAAGUGGUAGGUUUGAGUAUUCAUGGAGGACGCUCGUAUUGAAGCCCCGAAGUUAGUCGAAUCAAAAUUAAUGUUCCCACCUCACCGUCGAUCACAUCUAAAGAGCGACACUUAUCGGACUCUGGUCCGAAUCCUUUCGCCCUUCUGCGGCAGCGACGAUGUCUCUUUGGCAACGGAAUUUGAUCCACAACAACUGAGACAUGCUUAUACCAGCCACUUAAAGCAAUCAACUGUAGAAUCAUCAGGCCAGCAGGUCGAUGGAGAUUUUGUAAGACCAGAAAUUGGAGAUUCAGCUAUUGAAAAGGUGACAGUGGUUGAAGAUGGCAUGGGGAUGGAUAGUCUUGAAGAGGGAUGUUUUCAUGAAUCUGAAGCGAAGAUGAAUGUAAUAAAAGAUAUGUCAAUAGUGGAAGGAAGUGACAAUGCGGGUGCUGAAAGGGAACUUCAGGGGGCUUGUUCUCAAGAGAACCAUUGUGUUCACGAGGAAAGUCAUAGAGACGAGUUAGAGGCAGCAAAUAUGGUGGAAGGAAAUAAGGUGCUUAUUGAUGACAACAGUAGUAAUAAGACGAGGUCUUCGGAUCAGACCAAUUGUGGAAAUGAACAAAUAUCACCUAAAAAGUUCCAGGAAGAAAUUGUUGAACAUCAACAAGUUAUGGCUGAACAAGAUGCCGUGAAUAAAGUCCAGAAUCUUUCUAUGACGAUAUUCUCGUCACAAGGCGACAACAUUGGGGAGGCUUCUGAACAUAAGGACAAUCAAGAAAACAGACUUCCGAUUGUAGAUAAGGGCAUGUACCAAUUGACUGAAACACAACCAAAAGAAUCAAAACCUGAGGGCAUAGUUUGCGAGCCUUAUUUAGAGAUGGAGAAAUCUCAUGUUUCUAGUUUUGAGGUCAUGGAGGUGGAAGAUGGUGAUCAAUGUAGUGAAAAGGUUUGUGGGGUAGAUCUCUCAUGUUUGGAUAAAGAGAUGCCUUUCUGGGCUAAUGAAUUGAGUAAGAAUAGUGAAGAUUGGGCUGUUUCAAUGGAGGUUGACGCCUCCGAAGUAGGGCACAAAAUAGUGUCUGAAGAUAUACAAAUGGAGAAAUGUUUGGUUGAAAAUGAAGACAUUGAGGAGGGUGAAAUUUGUGGUGACUCGACACAUGAAAUCUCAGAAGAUCCAGCUGUAUUAGAUGAGAAGCAUUCCUCGAUUCAAGCUAAUGGAGAAGCAAAGAAGCCGGAUUCCUUAUUCUCCGACAUGGUCGAGAAUGCAACUCAUGAGAAUAAAGAAGAAUCCAAACAAAAGAAGAGUAACUUGGAUGCUUGUAAACAUGGUAGUAUGGAUUCUGUAAAAAUGGUGACAACUAUAAUAGAAGAUCAAAAUGAUUUUAUGUUAGAGGAAGCAGGAUAUACAGUAAAGGAUAGUAGACACAAUAGGGAUGCAGAUUCUUUUACUGCACGCAUUAGUAAUCAAGUCCCUCGUGGCCAAGUUCCAAGUGAAUGUGCCACUGGACGGAAAGAAAUUGUAUCGACGGAAAAGGAAACUGGAUCUUGCAAUAAGAAAAAACGUGGUUCAUGUACUGAAGGGAGAAAAGAAAGGAAGAAGAUUCAGAAAAGAAAGAAGCGGGCAGAGAAGAACAGAAAACUUGGUGUCAAAAGGUUGAAGCUACUUCCAGUAACAGUGCCUAAACCCGUGGUAUACUGUCGUCAUUAUAUCAAGGGGAGGUGUCAUGAGGGUGACAAGUGUAAAUUUUCUCAUGAUACAACUCCUGCGACAAAAUCCGUACCGUGUAGUUAUUUCGCACGUCAUUCGUGUAUGAAAGGCGAUGACUGUCCAUUUGAUCAUCAGCUGUUCAAGUAUCCUUGUAGCAAUUUUGUUUCAAAAGGUUCAUGCCCUAGAGGUGAUACUUGUAUGUUUUCACACAAGAUUUUGCCACAAGAACAGUCUAAUAUGCAAAAUUUGAAAACCCAAUCGAAACCACCAGUAAUACCGGAUAGUUUGGAUUCUCAAAGGAAAUCAAAUAUCAGUGGUGGCACUAAACAAAAGCCUGUUACUGUUACUGUACUCAGCUACGCUGGAGCUUCUUGCAAUAGAACUCCACAGGGAGAAUCUUUGCUGAAAAAAACAACGGGACCACUGCCUACUGGAAUCAGUUUUCUCUCUUUUGGGAAGUCACCCGACCAUUCUUCGCAGGUGAAAAACAAUGAUGUGGAACGUAGGAAUUCGUUAACCCAAAGUGGGUUGUGUUCGGUUGAAAAUUCUAGCGAAAUCUCGAGGAAGAUUCAGCCACAAAGCGCGCCAGAGGGGAUAAGUAUUCUAUCGUUUGGUAGAACUUCACUCAGGUCUAACAGUGAGAACUUAGCUACACCUUCAAGCUACAAUGCUGCCACUAUUACAUCCGGUAAUCAGACUCCAUGUGCUUCGAAAACUGGUCACGAUCCCAGUGAACUGGCGAGGAAAGUACAAACGACAACGUCCAAACCGACAAACUUCUUUUCUCCGGUAGGAAAUUGUACUUCCAACUCGAAAGUGAGUUCUGAUUUAUCUGUACCGAUGAAGGAAAGCAUGUAUGUUAAGCCUGAAGGCUUAAGUACAAUAUUCUCGAGGCUUCCAGGUACUUCGAUGACAACAGGUCAAUAUUCUGAUAGCUCAGCUUCUAGUAUGAAUAAUAAAGGAACUCCAAAAUCCGCUCAGAAGGCUCUACUGUCAACAUUGGCAUUUGCUGCAAAAUAUGAGUCGAUGAAUAAGGGUAAAUCAAGUGACUCUGCUGGAAGUAAGGAUGGUAACAAGGAAGAUGGGAAUGAGAAUAUUAGUGGAAGUCUGAGGAGUGAUCAAGCCAAAGCUUCAAAACUUUUGGAUUUCUUAUUAGGCGUUGGAUCUAAAUCUAAUCUGAAAUGAGAGUGGUUGUAGAUUGCUGCUACUAACCCAGCUGAGCAGUGGGGAAACGGGAUCAAUCAGCUAAAUCAGGGAUAAAAGAGAAUCCACUCUGUCGCCUUGCUUUCUUUCUCGGUGUCGCCUUCAUGGUUACGAAAUCUGAUUAAUACCGAAUCGGGUAUGAACAUGCUGGGACUGAGGAAGACAUAAUGGGACUGAAAGCGUCAUGAUAAGGAAGGAAUUGAAUUGUGAUCCAAUUGAAGGACGAUGCUUGAUUCUUGAAUCCAGCCUAAAGAACUUGGCAGGAGGACAGGAGACGGCCAUCUCAAGGCACAGCACGACCUACCGGCAAGACCGGCUGUUUGAACCUAUACCAAAGGUUUAGAAGACCUCGACAAUGGACGCUUUUGGAAGUUUCCAGAAGGAAUAAGUUGAUUAGUCCAAAACGGCCGGCCCCUCUCCAUCGGUGAGCUAUUCUUCUGUACUCUUAAAUUCAUUUAAGAAAAUUAAUUUUAUCUAUUUGUUUGGGAAUAUAUAUAUAUAUAAAUAUGACAUUAAUUUUAGGAAUAAGAUAUAUAUAUGCCCUCUCGUCACCAUGAUGACUGCUGGGGGGUUUGUUUUGGGAUGCACAUAGGAAAUGAUUACAGCGGUCGAAGAAGAAAUGAAGACCGAUAAAUUAAAUAAUUUUUUAAUUUUUUAAUUAAAAAAAAAAAAAAAAAAAAAACUAUGCGGAAUGGUGUUUCAUAGAAACACGCUUAUAUUUUGCGUGAGGAUUACGCGCCAAUCUGGUAAAUGAGGUCGCCUUUUACCCGCCGACUAUCUAUAUAUGCCAAGUCACGCGUUUUCACGCCCACGUUCUUUUCACGGCGCAAUUCCAGCAAUUUAAUAAUUGUAUUUAAUUACUCUUUUUUAUUAUAUAAUUUAAUACCCAUAAUUUAAAACGAUUUUACUUUUAUGCCAUCACAGUUCAUAUUAAAUUAUACAAAUUUUCUCUGGAAAUGUGAUUUAUUAUUAUUAUUUUGUUUGUUAGGUCAGGGAUGAAUACAUUAUUUUAUUGAGGAAAAAAUUGAAUUUCAAUUAAUUUAUAAAAAUGAACUUGGAAGUCCACCAACCGUCAAUUAAAAGAUAAAAAUAUGAAAAAGAAAAGACUUU